AUGACGGUCACACUGCUCCCCGACACCGACCCUCUCCUCCUCUCCGUGGUGCAGUUCGUCCAGCAGUACAUGUCCCGCAACGACGCCUCGCACAACUUCGAACACAUCCAGCGCGUCGUCGGGCUCUCCAAGCACAUCUACACCACCUCGACCGACGCCUUCCGCCAGACGUUGGACAUCACAGUCAUCACGCUCUCGGCCUUCCUCCACGACGUGGGCGACCGCAAGUACCUGCGGGAGGGCGAGGACGCCCACACCAUGGUGUACAGCCUCCUGCGGAACCUCGGCGCCCCAGAGGACCUGUCGCUGCGCGUGCAGGCCAUCUGCCUCGGCGUGAGCUACUCGGCGGAGAUGCGGGACCCGGCCCGCGUGCAGCAGCUGAUCCGGCUGUACCCGGAGCUCGCCGUCGUGCAGGACGCCGACAGGCUGGACUCGAUCGGGGCCAUCGGGAUCGGGCGCACCUUCACCUUUGGCGGGGCAAGGACGGACUCCACGAGCAUGGAGGACGCCAUGGACCAGAUCGAGACGAGGCUGCUGCGCGUGGGCGAGAUGAUGAAGACGGACGUCGGCCGCCGGCUGGCCAAGGAGAGGAGCAGGAAGCUGCUCGUGUUCAAGGACUGGUACAGGGACGAGGAGGCUCUUGUUGGCAUCACGGGAGGCUGCUAUUACUGAGGAUUUCGAUGAUGGAUGAUUGAUGAAUGAACUGUUUUCCUCACCUUCUCACAGCAUUCAGCGAUUUCUUUCGGGAGGAGGGCGGUUAGCUCUACUGGUGGCCCUUCUUGUUUCUAUGGAAACUGUUUUGCGUUUGGCGCAGGAGUUCUUGUGGGGUGUGGGUGUGUGGGUGUGUGGGUGUGUGAAGGAAAGCAUAUAUCAUUUGGCUUCUUUUCUGGGGCAUCUGGCGCUCUCCUUCUGUCUGUAUGCCCUUUACAUUUAUGGAUGGAUGGAUGUACAUUAACAUGUGUUGUGUGUUGCUCUAUCACCUGAGAGUUGACCCAGGGGUUUUUUUUUGGGGGGGGGGGGGGGGCAUGCGAUGGACAGCAAUUAUGCAUUUGUUCCUAUUUCACAAGCGAUUAUGACAAUUGAUGGAUUCGUAAC